CGGAAGCAAACGUUCAGCCGACCAGCGUCGGUUUUGUCAGUCACUACCUGAUCUGCAGCCCUGCACAUGUGUGAGACUCGACUGUUUCUCGUCAGAGAAAUACACAUGGUAAUUGUAACAAAGUGGAAAACAGAAAACUACACCUUGAACACCGUGCAUUCGUUCUGGGGAAUCUAGAGAAAAUGUCUGCGGCUAAAGUGAAGAUGCGAGGGAAGAAGAUGAGGAACCAGCCCUCCAGUGUUCAGUAUGUGGAGAGCGGCACACAGAACGGUGGCGGUGGUGAUGAGGGUCCAUCUAGCAUCCAUCCCUCUACAAAAAGGCAGACAAACACCCACCAACGGGGUGGAUGGGUCCGUGGACACCAGAAAGAUGGUGGGGGCUACUCUAGGGAAAUGCCCAAUUACAUCACAGCUGGAGCUUUUGCCAGGGCCAGGGCGGAAGAGGUAAGCACCAUGCUUAAAGCCGUCACCAAGACAACGGGCAGCUGCCAUGUGUUUGGAGCCCUGCCUAAACACAUGAGGAGAAGGGCCAUGAGCCACAACACCAAGCGCCUCCCUUGCAGACUGAGAGAGGUGGCUAACAGAAUGCGGGAAAGGAGCCUACAGGCCGGCCCCAAGAAGAAGAAGGAACAGGCAAAGAGGAAGAGCCGCAAGGCGCGUCGCCGCCACGGAAAUCUGCUGCUGGAGUUCAACCGCCGCCAGAGAAAGAACAUCUGGCUGGAAACGCACAUUUGGCACGCCAAGCGCUUCCACAUGGUUAAAAAGUGGGGAUACUGCCUUGGGAACAAGCCCACCUACAAAUGCUACCGCUCUUGUCACAGGGCAAUGAGCGGCCACUGCCUGCUACAGGACCUAUCUUACUAUUGCUGCAUAGAGCUUCGGGGAGAGGAAGAAAAGCUGCUGGCUUCUCUCUCACAACUGACCGGCAAGGAGACCGGUCCCACCUUUGCUGCAGCACUGUGUCUAUCAGGGCGCAGACAGGGCAGUGUGGUGGUGUACAGAGCAGGACAGUACCCCACGCAGCCCCUGGGCCCUGUCACCUUCCUCUGGAGACCCCGUUCACAGGAAUUAACCAACAGGCAGCUGUGGAUCUGGGCUCAUCCCACUAUUAAACAGGACCUUCUUCUGGAGUUACAAAUGGUGUGCCAGUGUUGUGACCCUGUGGUUCCUCCAGUGGUAACACCUGCUGAGGUUUUUCCCACCCUACAAUUGGAGCCAAAGCCUGAGAAGACCUCCGAUGCCAAGCAGAUUACUGAAACCAAGAGAAAGCGAAAAUGUAAGGAUGCCAGUGGACCUCCUGCCAAGAAGAUUCUUGGAGAUGGAACCAGAUCUCCCAGCACCCCGGUGACCUGGAAUUCCAGCUCAAAUCGAAUAGUUAUAAGUGAUCUCACAAUGGAAAUAGUUCGCUAUCGCCUGAUUGGACCACAGUCCUUUUCUGUUCUGGCGGAAACCAUGGAAGCAGCUACGGUCUGUAAUGAAAUAAAUAUAUCCAAGCCCUCUCACCUCUGGUGGCCUGAGCAAUGCAAAAGCGAGAGCAAGAUGAACCUGCAUCAACAACAAACUCAUGUCUUUCAUAUACUAAAAGGCAUCUUUUCGACUGGAGAGCUGCCCUCAGGCACAGUGCUGGGUCUGACUGUAGAUGACCCCAGGCUGACUUUACCAACAAAGAAGGUUAAAGCUUUGCCCUGUGUAAGGCCUGCACAAGAGAUGGACGAGAAGAGGAGGGAGCUGAUGUUGCAAGGAGUUCCUGAACUCUGCUGUCAGAGUGACUUGUGGGAGCAGUCGGUCCGCAGCAACGUCGCUGAUAACAAAACAUCCGAACAGGAGUUGAACCGUAUGAGGAACGAGGUGCUGGUUCCGGGCUCCAGGCUGAGCCCAACCCCUCCGCAGGGCAGAGUCCCCAUCCUGCUGGUUCAACAGCCUGGCAAGCAGGUGGGAAAUGAGAUGAGCUCCUGGGGGGCUGGAUGGGACCUACUGCUUCCCAAAGGAUGGGGCAUGGCCUUCUGGGUCCCAUUGGUGUACAGAGGAGUUCGCAUUGGAGGGCUGAAUAUGAGUCUGAAACACUCUCAGAAUAAAGGAGCCCCACACUUUCCCCACGAUUACCCAGACUGCCCUGCAGGUGUACGUUUUCAGGAGGAACAGGAGGCAGAGCUCUUGGCAAAGUUCAAAAGACGUCCACCCGCCAAAAGAACCAAUUAUAUUAAACAUGGCUGUCUGGCUCCGUUCUGUUGCCCGUGGCAACAGCUGUCCGAGGAGUGUGAGCUUAUCACGACGGAAGGAGAAGAAGAGAGGAGAGGAGAGUGCCAGAGCACAACAGAGGCUGACACAGUGAUGGAGGAGAUGACAUCAUAUGGAGAAAUCGCUGAGACAAAGCCUCUGAGCCGAGUCGUUGUACUUAGGAACAGAAAGUCACUGAGGCUGCUCUCUGGUUGGUGCAGAGCCACGACAUCUAAAGGUCAAAAGUCAUGCCGUGUUGGGGAGCUGCCACCUCUGGACCGAUCAGCCAUGACGGUGUUUCUCACUGCACAUAGGAUGAGUCUGGUGUGGGUGCGUCUUUCAGUACUGUGCAAGGGCAAACCAGAGCUCCAUGCCAUGGUGUGUGUGCCAACAGCAGAAGACCUGAAUCUUCUGAAGAAAAAGUGUGGCAGCAGUGGCCCCCAGGAGCCCCCGCACAGAGACCACUUUAAAAGCAGUGUUCGACGCAGAAAAAAGGAGCCCAAGAAAGCUGCUCAAUCAUCUUGGUGUUCUGAUAACAUUCAGGGCAAAGAGUCAGUCUUUUCCACUGAACCAAACCCCACCACAUCUGUUGUCCUCAAUUCCUCAUCCUCUGACAUCAUUCUCGGGCUGUGGCCAGACCCUCUGCCGAGCAUCACCUCUAACUGCUCCCGGGUGACUCUGGGCUGGGUCACCCAGGGCGACUUCUCCCUGUCUGCAGGCUGCGGGGAGGCCCUGGGUUUCGUCAGCGUUACUGCUCUUCUCAAAACCCUCUUCAACCAGCCGAUGGAACACAGAGGAGUGUUGCUGCUGCGCAACCCCACAUCUCUGCACUACCGCUUUGCAAAAAUCAACAUAGAGGUCUGAUAGAAACAUCUGGGCCCAUGCAGAACUGUAAUUCCCAUCUGAAUUCUUGGGUAUUGGAACAACUCAAGAUAUAUGUCAUUAAUUUGCAUGAUUUUUCAUCCCCCAAUGCCUCUGUCUGAGGGACGCACCACACAGGUUAAAACAAGUGUUUUCUUUUAGCAACAGGUUUCCAAAUGAAUCGAAGUAAGGCUUAUUUCACACCUUCUAUAUUCAUGCUAAUGAUCCCAGGAGUAUUAAUGUUGAUGGUAUGUGUGCACAUACAUUUUUUUGUGCGUCAAAUGCAUGGGUUUGAAUUUUGGAAAAGUGUCCCUUUCUGUUUGAGAAGCCUUGGUUAAAAAGGUUUAGUUCGAAUAUAAGCUAAUAAAAUAUCCUGCACAUAA